AUGCCACCUCAAGCAGAGUCUAGCAAGGACGCCAUCCACAUAUCACACACUUCAGGGGCCACUUUUGGAGUCAAAUAUUUUCUACUUUCAAAAACAAGAUACAAUAUAGAAUUACACAGAAUCACCACCUACCAGAGUACUCUGUUGAAGCAAUAUGAAAACUUUGUUCUUGAGUUCCAGCAGUCAUUUGGUGAGCCCGCAAAACAGGAAAUGAACCCCCUGGCGAAUGCUAAGGUUGACAAAAGGGACAAGUUCUCUCAGGAGGAUGCCACUACUUUCCAGCUCCUUGCUCAAAAUCUGAGAUAUAAUGAAACCAAUCAGAGUGAUCACUUCCAAGAGGAACUAGCUGACUCCAUUCAGGCUGAAGUAAGUGGCACAGAUCUGAUGGACAAUCUCCCAGACCUUAUCACUCAGUGUAUUCAGUUGGACAAGAGACGUAGUGACAGGCCAGAGCUCUUACAGUCAGAGGUCCAGAUUCCAGUGUUGGCUUCCCUGAUCCACCACCAAGCCCUCUCCAACCCCACAGGUCCACCACCCAAGGAAGACUCUAUACAACUGCGAGGAAGCCAGCCACCUCUCACUCCAGCCAAACGAGCCCGCCAGCAAGAAACUCAGUCAUGCCUCUACUGCAGCCAGGCUGGUCACUUCACAAGAGAUUGCCUUGCCAAACGCUCUCGAGCCCCAGCAAGGAUAAAUAACCCAACUCACCAGUAA